AUGGCAUCAUCAUCAGCAACUAUAAAACUCGGACAAGGAGCAUUGCGUGAGUUACGCAUUCAUUUGUGUCCAAAAUCCGCAGCAAGUGCAGGCGUCAGAAGUUUUAUUGAGAAUGAUUAUGUGCCGCUGAAAAAAAUGAAUCGUCAAUUUCCCAUUUUGAUUCGAGAAUGCAGUGGAGUACAGCCAAAAGUUUAUGCUAGAUAUAACUGUGGUAUUGAAAAAAGUAUCCCAUUGGAUAAUAUCUCACGAUAUAGGGUUUUGGACAUCAUAAAGGAUUUGGUAACUGGAAAAGUUUCAUAA